CGCAUAGAUUUUGCGUAGGCCUUCGGUUGGUUCUGUGUUUUGUAUGGGGUUUUAUGACCGUAUCUGGCUUUAUCGUUCACUUUGUUCCAGUAAAGUGUGAGAAAUUGUUCACCUGUAGAGUCUUUGCUGACAUUUAAUAUAAUAUGGCACAGAAUAUUGAUCAGCGUCGCGCAGCUGUUAUCCAACUUUUGAACAGCGAAAUCGAUGCGUUCUACGCUUCUAUCCAUUCUCACGGCGCCCUCGCGGUGCAACGUGAGGCAUCCAUUGCACGACUUACUUCAUUUAUUACUUCACGCCAUCCUCAUACAAGAGUGGAACCAUUUGGUAGUUCUUUAACGUCGACUUUUCUACGAUUCAGUGAUAUUGAUCUGCUCGUUACUGUACGCCACCGCCGACCAGACGAUCCGCACGCUCACUCGCAAGCUUGGUUGAAUUCGUUGAGAAAGGAAAUGAGUGCUGGCCGAAGCAUCCCUGGAUAUGAUACCGGCAGCGGCUUCUCAGCUCGUUGGAUCAAAGACGCUGCCGUUCCCUAUCUCAAAGUCACCGAAUACGAGAGCCAGGUCAGCUUUGUUAUUACGUGCACAACUCAACACAACUGUCACCAAGGAUUGCUCAAUUCCCAGUGGAUCAAUGAGUAGAGCGCCCGGUAUCCCCAUCUUACUCGGCUAGUGGUUGUGCUGAAAGAGCUUCUCCGCCGCAGAGAAUUAAAUGGCAUUAACACCUGUGCCGGUGGAAUGAGUUCGUAUGUGCUGACCUUAAUGGUGAUCAGCCUGCUGCAGCGUAGCGGUGAUGCUGCUGGUAAUCUGGGCGGUCUGCUGCUUAGCUUUCUGCGAUUCUAUGGUACCGAGUUUAACUACACUACCCAGGCUAUCGUUUUUGCGGAUGGUGGAAGAAUUAUUAGUCGUGAGCAAAUGCGAAGUCGACUGGAUGAAAAGCCCAACAAGGUUUUCAGCAUUCAGGAGCCACUGAAUCCACGAAAAGAUGUGGUACAAACCACUCAUACUGUCGGUAUAGCGCCAGUAAGAAACGCGUUUGCAGACGCUCACAGACGCGUUGAAGCGUUAAUUGACGGCAGCGCUGAGAUUGCGGGAAAUCUGUUGAAGGCUCUUAUUUUUGCGCCAUAACGGUUACUAGUAAUGCAAAUAAUGUGUACCUCUUUUCGUGAUUCACUGAAUUCGCUUGACCAUUCAGAUAAUUGUAUGAUUGUAUCGUUCUU